UGGGGCAGGUGGCUCUACACAAUUGUUUGCUCGGCGGGUAGUUUUCAGAGAAGCUGCAUUACACUCAACAAAGGUCUGCUUACAAAAUCUUCACUGCCACGUCGAAUGCUGGACCACGUCUCUAUCUCACUCAAAAGCACAAACCCUCAACUCACCCGCAAGCUCAGAUUUCUCAUAAAAGUCCCGGUAAUCAUUAAUCAUGGUUAAACCUAUCAACAUAGUCGCUACCGUAUUUGCGGCUACUCUCAUUGACGCCAUUCCCACUACCAAUGUUGCAGCCAACAUGGCCGAGCGCAACGUUGCCAAUGCUGAUGGCACGACCUCGAAGGUACUCACCAGCCGCAGUUUCGAGGAACUUACCGACAGUGUAAAGAGAUCCCAGAAAGGUCGAAAUAAGGAGGACUUCUUCUUCACCGACACAUACGAAAGUCUCUGCACCCAUGACAGCGACGCUGGCCACACUAAGAUUAACAGCCCAUAUGUCGAGGACUGCGCCUACAUAAAUACGUAUAUCUUCAAUCUGAAGGGUUUUUUCAACCUAUACAGACUCAGCCCGGGCCAGGAGUAUGAACUAGUGAAACACAAUACCUGCUCGCUCUACUACAAGCCUGAUGCGACUCAUAACUCUAUCCAGAUUGCGACUGGUGAUCUCGGGUACUUCGUCAAUAAUACUAUCAACAGCUACAAGAGAAGUUUCGGUGACGGGAAGUUUGACCGGGUUGAAGGGACCGCGAGCUUGACAUGCUUUGGAACCGAUGGUAUUCAGGUGGUUGGCACGACUUUGAUCCUUAAGCGCUAAAUCGGAGGGUAGGAAGAGUGGCAUUGAUGGAAAUUGCAUUAUUGCCUCCUUGAAAAGGCAGCUAUUGAAUUCGUACAUCUACUUGCCGGUGGUAAUGGCGCAGAACCAAAUUCGGUAUUACUCGACUAGAGUCCUAAUUCUUUGAAAAACAAAAAACAUCAUGUCCUCUCUACUAUCGAAGAUCGGAAGGAGAAAGCUUUGCAUCAUUUCUAACACUUCGAGUCUGGUUGGAGCUUUGUUCACUGACCGCAAAACCAUUUAAGCUUCUUCAUACAAAGAAAAGGAUGUCCUACUUGAUCUCAUGCUCACUUUGAAGUUCAAACAAUCGC